CCGGAGUUCCCGGUAGGGUUCCAUUACUCCUGUUUCACAGACAUUAAAAGGGCUGCGGUAUAGCAGCUCAUCGAGUAUUUAAUUACAUGCUUAAAUUCGGAUCCUCCGGUUCUCAACAGUUCUGCUCUCAUCCGCCGAGAAAAUGCAGUUCAAAAAUCUUAUCAUUGCGCUCCACGGCGUCGGAGCAUCAUGUUCUGCUCUGCGACCACCUAUUGAAAGACGCGCAACGACAGAAAUUCCUUCAGACUCGUUCAACUCCCUCGAAACAUACUGGAAUUACCUGUAUCCUUGGGGAGCCACGCACAAUGGCGGCGCCCGAAUGGAUGAGGAACACGUCUCCGUCACUGAUGGCGUUCUCACUCUAACUGCUGAGCCACGAGAUGACCAAGAAGAUCCCAUUCACUAUCUUUCUGGAGCAAUUCACGCUAAAUCAACAUUCACUGUUUCUGCUGGUGGUGGUUAUGAUAUCAGUGCUGAGUUUAUUGCUCCGGUUGACAGAGGAACCUGGCCUGCUUUCUGGCUCAAUGCCGCCAGUGGAUGGCCUCCUGAGAUUGAUAUUGCAGAGUGGAAAGGCUCUGGAAAGAUUUCUUUCAACACAUUCAAUACUUCUGAUGAGGUUGCCGCACUUGAUAGGGAUUAUCCUAAUCCCGAGGAAUGGCAUUCUGUCCGUGCCGAAUUGCGUGAUGAGAACGGUCAUGAUGUGAGAGUCAAGUUCUUCCUCGACGGUGUAGAGCAGACUACGCAAUAUGGAAGGGACUAUAUCGGAGCAGGUCUUCGUCUGAUCGUCAAUUAUCAGACUGAAGGAUCUUCUGGAUCACCUGGUCCCACAACACCGACAACUUUUCAAGUUCGAAAUGUUGAGGUCAUCAGUCUCAACUAGGUUUCUUUCUUUUGAUUGAGUAGUUUGGCUAGUGAUGUGAAGGUUAUUCACCUUCAUUCAGUGCAGCCAAGGGCAUGGAACGAUACGAAUGAGGGGGGCAACGUCUGUCAGUAGAAGCUCGAGCUUAUUCGGAAACUUGCAGAAUGAUCCGCCGGCAAUGUAACCCGUCAACCGAUCAAAUCCCUCAAAGGAGCAGAAUGCAUAAAACAAGUCAAGAAGCACUGCAGGGUGACAGUUCACCUGAUGUCUAUUUCCUUGGAUCAUGGCCAAUUAAGCGUGGUUCGAUGGCUGCCUUCAAACUUUGGUUCCACCGUCUCGGGUCAAGAUCUACCGAGUUGCAUCUCUGCAUUGUGUAUUCUGAUGUGAGGAACUUUUGAUUUGCUCGGGCUGAAGAUAGAUUUGCCAAGCCAAAUUAGCCUGAGUUGGUGAGUGCCGCAGUCGUGCAUUGAGUGAAUGGGUGUAAGCCCUGACUGCCAUGUCCAGGUGUAACCCAACCACCUCAUCCUUGUGUCUGAGAGCGUGGGGAGCUUGUGGCUGCUAAGAGAUGGAUUUAGUCGGUUCUAACCGUGUAAAUGGUUAAAUGGGAAGACACAGGAGAUGGUGAAGCAUCGAUGAGGAGGUAGAAAAGUGGCUGCUUACUAGCACCCGGCGGAAAAUAGGGAAUAAAAGAGCAAAGAAUGAGACUACGACAAACCCCCAAUCACAUUUGGGGGAGGAUUGUCAAAUUUGG